CCUCCCGGAGACUUUCCCUUUCCCAGUUGGUGCAAGAAAACUUGUCAAUGUGUUAUCGCAUUGCGCCACUUUCCGCCUUACUACGCCAGUGGCUGCUUCAGUACUUUAAGUUUACCUAUGAAUGAGCUAGACUAGAAAAGCCCACUCUUGCGCCUACAGCAGCCAUGGCAGGAAAGGUUGGAGCUCAGGAUCAACAAUUGACACAAAAUCAACCUGCUAGGGUUGUGGAGAAGCUGAUACCUGCUGUCCAGCAGCAGCUUAACCUGGAAUCUGUUAAGACUCGAGCUAUCAGCCUCUUUAAAGCCAUCUCUCGCAUACUUGAAGAUUUUGAUGUCAUAGCACGCACCAAUGCUGUUCCUAAAUGGCAAGACAUCUUAGGGCAGUUUUCGAUGGUCAAUUUGGAGCUGUUUAAUAUAGUUGAAGACAUAAAAAAGGUUUCUAAGGCAUUCGUUGUGCAUCCAAAGAAUGUUAAUGUUGAGAAUGCUACAAUUCUACCUGUUAUGUUAUCAUCAAAGUUGUUGCCUGAGAUGGAAAUGGAUGAUAACACCAAAAGGGAGCAAUUGCUUCUUGGCUUGCAAAAUCUCUCUGUGGCCUCACAGAUAGAGAAGCUCAAGAACCGAAUCGAAAUGAUCGGAGCAGCUUGUGAAAGUGCUGAAAAGGUUAUAGCUGAUACACGUAAAGCCUAUUUUGGCACUCGACAGGGGCCCACAAUUCUUCCAACUAUAGACAAGGCCCAAGCUGCAAAAAUCCAGGAGCAGGAAACUUUACUCCGAACUGCUGUAAACCAGGGAGAAGGGUUACGAGUACCUGUAGACCAACGACAGAUCACUUCUUCGCUUCCUGUACAUUUGGCUGACAUUCUCAUUGUUAAUGAUGGACAGCAGACUCUUAAUGAUUCAUCGGGAAUGUAUCAGAAAAGUACACCUCCCCUCACAUCAAGCAACCAUACUGGUCAGGGAUCUUCAUUCCAGGUGGAAACUUCUGAGUUGCUGUAAAUACUUCUGGAAAUUCUGCAAUCAACCCUUCCCAGUCUCCUCCAAUAUCUGUUUUCCGUUCUUGAUUCUCCUGUUGUCCCUCAUAGUAUAACAGAUAACCAUCCCCCACCUGGUGUAGUAUUUGAGCCAUAGUUUUCAUUGAAACCUCCAUCUGAUUUGAUACAGUGUUGCCUUUGAUAAUGCAAGUGACUCCCUGAUUCUUCCAUGUGAUUAUUUGUUGUUUAAAAUUGAUCUCCAUAUCCCCCAGUUCAGUCAACCAUUCCAUUCUCAGGACUAAAUCAAUUCCUCCCAAUUCAAGUAGAUAAAAAGUUUGAUGAAUUUCAACUCCUUGUACAUUUAUACCAACUUCAGUGCAUUUGCCCAGAUUAGGAAUGUAAUCUCCAUUCCCUAUUUGUACCUUAUACCCCUUGAUUGGAUUAUAAGAUAUAUUCCACCUUUCUGCCAAAGCUCUGGACAUGAAGUUGUGUGUGGCCCCACUAUCAAUAAGUAUAGUUACCUCCAUCUCUCUCCCUUGCCACUUUAUUUUUCCUUUCACCUUGAAAGUAUUCAUGGAUGGAAUGCCUUCCUUGCUUAAAAUGGACAGCUGCAUGUUAUUCAUGUCCAUCUGAUUUGAAGUAUUGGACUGACUUCCUUCUGAUUCUUCAUAUUCCACAUCAGAGAUUUCCUCUCCUUCAGAAUUUUCUAUCUUUUCUGUUAGUGUCAGUUGAUAAUUCUUCAUUUUACAGAUAUGUUCUCGGUUCCACUUUUCACCACAUUUAAGACAGUCUCCUCUUUGUCCUGUCAAGCAGUUCAGCUUGGGAGAGUCUAGGGCCUCCCUUCCCUGACAGAUUUCCCCCUUGAGAAGCUCCAGUUUUUACAUCUGUUGUACCCUGCUCUUCAGUUGGAUUUUUACUUGGGUUCAAUCGCCCCUGUGAUCCUUCCGACCAGUACUGCAACUUAGAAAUGAACCCCCCUUUUUCUGUCCAACCCCUGUUGUCCACAUCUCUGUUUCGACCACCUUUAACUGCAACAUUUUUUCUUCCACCAGCAAUGCCUUAUCCAUUAAUCCAGUGAGUCCACUUGAUUGAUACAGUUUCAAUUCAGCCCUGAUCUCUAUAAGUCCAUUCAUGAAUACCCGUUUAACAUUUCCUGGUCAGUAUUACUCAAUGGUGCGACCGCCAUUUCAAAUCGAUCUCGGCAUUCCAUUACAGAUUCAUUUUGUCUAAUGCUAAGCAUGGGACCAAAAGGGUUCUGUACUAAUUCAGGUUGGAACCUCCUGAUCAAAGCAGAUUUGAAACCUUCCCACGCGUGUUGAUCAGUAUGUUCAUCCCACCAUUGAUACCAAUUUAGAGCCCUAUCUUCCAUAGCGAUGACCACCGCCUCCAGUUUCUCCUCAUCAGAUACCUGGUUAAGCUUAAAAAACCUUUCAACCUUCACAAUCCACCCAUACGCAUCAUUGCCAUUAAACAAGGGGAGAUCAACUUUUCGCCCAGUUCGGAUCCUCUCUCUGCUACUAGUAUUAUCAGGAGUAUUAGGAGUCAUGGAUUUUUGCAUUGUAGUGGUCAUGUAUUAUCUGGAGUAUUAGAAGGAGUCGUGUAUCAUCCGGCAGAAUCAGAAGUCAGAACACAGUGAUAUGUGCAGCUUCAAACCAGCAGAAACUUGAUAAUACCACAGGGCCAAGUCUCAUGUCUUCUUUCUAUUUUGUGUGUUUCACUCAUUGUUUAUAAGAGUAUAAGAGUAUCUAAGUGCAACUCCCACAAUUUGAAGUUGUAUUGAAACAUGGUUCAGUGAAGAAUCUAAAUACCCAUUGUAUUUUGUGACUUCCUGUCACCCACUUGCUUUGGAUGUAUAGCUUCCUGAUCACCUAGAGAUUGCAAAGGAUUUGGAAGACACAAAUCCUCUUUUGCUGCUUUUUUUGUUGAAUAAACUAUUACUCCCUUCAUCCCAAAUUGAGAAUCCCAUAUAUCCCUUUUGAGGUGUCCCAAAUUGCUAAUACUAUUUCCUUCUUUGAAGUUUUAUUAUAAAAAUGUCCAUUUUAACCUUACUUGUAGAUAUUGUUUCCAAUCCUCAGCAAGUGUUUUUACGGAUAUAACAUUCUACUCAAGGGUAAUUGAGGAACUUUAUCCCAUUUUCUUAAAUUUUGUGCCUAAAAUGUAUGGGACUAUCUAUUUGGGUUGUAGGGAUUAGGGAGUACUUUAUAUUGAUGUAUUACUACUACUAACAAUAUCAUAUUUUUUGAAAACUAUUUCCAUUGUUAAUAUGGAUAAACAAUCGGCCUAAAGCAACUAGGAGUAGGAACCCGAAGUCCCAAACUUACUGAGAAUCGGAAAAUAAUACUACGUAUAAGUAUAAUUUUUUUUUACACUUGUACCACUUAAUGUUUUUAUUUCUUUUUGGUAGGGGGGUUUGGGAGCACAUGGUGGAAGGACAGCAGCUGCUUCUCCAGGUGGUCCUGCAGGAAAUACCACGAUCGAUACCAUGACGGCAUCUCCUUUACAAUAUGCUAAUUCACCUAAUCGUUCCGGGACAAAUCUGAUGACAAUGAACACACCAUCUCCCCAGCAACAGCCCCAUCAACAACAGGCACCACCACAGCAGAGACAGAAACUGAUGCAGUUAACUCAACAACAACAGCAGCAGCAGCAAUUCCUUGCUCAACAGACAUUUAGGCAAUCCCCAAUGACUGGAUUGAAUCAAAACCAGUUUGCACAGCUGCAACAAGAUCUGCAGCAGGGUCAGAGUCCACAGAAGUUUCAAUCUAUGCACGGUCAACCUCAAAUCCAAUUUUCUCAAUCACAUGGUGGAGCCCAGCAAUUUCAGGGAAGGCAGUCUGCCUCCGGUGCUAUUCAGCAUGCUAUGAGUCAAAACCAACUCAACCAAGGAAAUCAGCUAAAUCGUAUGGUGAACCAAUUUUCUGGCCCUGUGAAUAGUGCACUCUUUAAUCCUGCCCAGAGUGGGCCGACAUCCCAGAUGUUUGGAAUUUCGAGUGGCAAUCGGUCUUUGGCUGCUUCAAGUCUAAGUGAUCAAAUGUUCAACAUGGGGACAAACAAUCCUACUGGAAAUAUGAUGCAAAUGCAACACCAACAGCAGCAUGGGACAUUCGGAAAUAUAGGCCAAAAUAUACAAGUAGGUGGUAAUGGUGGUGGGGCUCUUCAAAAUGUCCCCCAAAAUCACCCUUCUUAUCAGCAGCAGCAGCAGCACAGGCCGCCUCAAGGACAACAGUGAUGAUUCUCUCGGGCUCACAUAGCUAACUUGAAAAAUACUCUCAAAAAAAAGCUAACUUGAAAAAUGUGAGAUUAUCAAUGGUCAUCUCAAAGGCUAAAGUCAGUGGAUUGUUAUCAGUCUACAAACAUUUGUGAAUAAGCAUAUUUAUGGAGCAAGUGUGGUGUAAUGUCAAUUUCAUACCGAGUGCAGCUAGAAACCGUUAGGUUUGCUUUAUGCUUAUUGCUCAGUUCUUAUUCUAAACAGAUUAGAAAGUUUUAAAUCAAAUACAGAAGAGAACAGAUUUAGAUAAUAUCUCAAACAUUCAUAUAAUUGAAUAAAACCAAAAAGACACUCCCUCCGUUC